AUGCUCGCCGGCUACAACUGCACGAUAUUUGCCUACGGCCAGACAGGAACAGGGAAGACCUACACAAUGUCGGGAGACAUGUCAGAUACGUUAGGCAUGCUUUCAGACGAGGCCGGCAUCAUUCCCCGUGUCUUGCAGCAGCUGUUUAACAAACUCGAGAUCGAAGGCAGCGACAAUUGCGUCAAGUGCUCUUUCAUUGAGCUAUACAACGAAGAUCUCCGAGAUCUGCUCUCUCUCGAGGAGAACGCAAAGCUAAAGAUUUUCGAUGACGCCUCAAGACGAGGCCACGCCACUACACUCGUUCAGGGCAUGGAGGAGAAGCACAUCAAGAACGCAGCCGAGGGAAUCAAGGUGCUCCAGGAGGGCAGCUUGAGGCGUCAGGUGGCGGCGACCAAGUGCAACGACCUGAGUUCUCGAGGCCACACCGUCUUCACGAUUACGGCAUAUGUUAAAAAGUCCAACGACCAAGGAGCGGAGGAGCUUGUGAGUGCCGGCAAAUUGAACCUGGUGGAUUUGGCUGGUAGCGAAAAUAUUCAGAGAUCGGGCGCAGAGAACAAGCGGGCCACUGAAGCUGGCCUGAUCAACAAGUCGCUGCUCACGUUAGGCCGAGUCAUCAACGCUCUGGUGGAUCGCAGCCCUCAUAUCCCCUACCGAGAGUCCAAAUUGACUCGUCUUUUGCAAGAUUCGCUUGGUGGCCGGACGAAAACAUGCAUCAUUGCCACCAUUUCUCCCUCAAAAAGCAACCUCGAAGAAACAAUAUCUACACUCGAAUAUGCAUUCCGCGCAAAGAAUAUCCGAAACAAGCCUCAGCUUCAUAUGAUAACGAAAAAGGUGCUUCUUCGGGACUUUACCAUUGAGAUUGAAAAAUUAAAGAGCGAAUUAAUAGCCACACGACAACGCAACGGCGUCUACCUUUCCAACGACAUGUAUGAAGAAAUGACUGCACAGAGCGAAUCAAGGAGGAUUGUGUUGGAGGAACAGACAGCGCGACUCGAAACAUUGGAAACAAACCUACGGAACAAGGUCCAGGAGCUCUUUUCCCUCAACAUUUCAUUCAUGGGCAUGAAGAAGGAAAACGAGGCUACCAAGGCACAAUUGGAAGAUACCCAAGGAGUCCUUGACCAAACAGACAUUAUCCUCGCGGCGACUCGCAAGACUCUGGCAGAGGAGACGGAGCUGCGCAAGGCCCACGAGGAGACGGAGGAGAAGCUUACGGAGAUUGGCAGUGUACUGAUUGACAAGCUGCAGAAGACAGUCAAAGACGUCAAUGGCCUACACGCAAAGAAUAAGCGCAAAUCAGACCUGCACUUGUUGAACCGGACGGCUUGGAACUCAUCCCAGUCUCAGGUUGCCGAGAUAACGUCGAUGGUGGAACGACGGGUCCGCGUAUUCCAGGAAGAGCAGCAAGAACAAAUCUUGAGUGUAUCAAGACGGAUGGAGACGUUUGUCGAAGAAGAGCUGCAGAAGCUAUCUGCUACACAAGCCUUUUUGGACGAGAAUCUAGACACUUUUGCAGAGUCCAAGAGACUGCUCUUGGAGCAGAAGCAACAAUCCAAGGAGGACAUGGACGAGGUACUGGAAGAGAUCAAGGAGGUUCGCGACAACGUCAAGGAACGAGUCAGCGAAAGUCUCCAAGCCAUAUCACAUGCCGCGGAGAAGAUUGCAGGGGAUGUGUUGAACGAGAUGAGCGAGUUCCACGAACAGCUUCACACUUCGUACAGUUCCCUGGGCAAGGACUUCAAGUCCAUCUUUGAGGAUCUCGUCCGGCACAUCACCACCCAGCGCUGUGAGUCUGACAACCUGAGGCGGCAGUUGCAAAGUGCCACAAAUACCAUUAAGCUCCAGAAUGCCAAUAUAUCGGCUCGCAUGCAGGAGGCGUUGGAAGAGGAGAGGCGGCACGCGGCCGAGGAACGCCAAAAACUUUUGUCCCAAAUCUCGGCCCUGGUCACGACCCAGGCCGAAGCGCAGGAGAACCGGUUCGCAGAUAGGGCCAUGCAGAUGCAGAAGAACAUGGUCGAAUACAACACCUCUCUCGAGGGGGCAAUUAGUCAAUACGGCCAAGGCAUGGAUGCCUGGGAUGAAAAGGAGGGUGAGCUGCUGGAAGAAGUCAAGAAGUCGCGCGAUCAGAUAAAGACAAAGCUGAAGGACGACUGGAACUCGGCAGAGGAACGCAGCACCGCCAUCCGAACCAAGGCGAACCAGGUGCAUGCUGAGACUGUGCGCGUGGUGGGUGCUCAGAUUGAUGAUUUGGAUAUCCAGAUGGAAGCUAUGGACGACUUUGUGGCUCGUGCCAAGUCUGAGAGCAGCGCCCAUCAUGAAACGCAUACGCAAUCCCUCCAGGCCCUGUCCAACACAGUGGAUCAAUCGUUUGGCAAUAUUUCCGCUCACUUUAAGACCACGUUUGAUCGCGUCAACAACCUCGGCGAGGUCAUGGACCUUGACGCCAGCGAUCUGCAACAUAGCCUCGAGCCUCUCACGGCUCAGAUAUGCCAACCACUAUCGGCCCUGCGCGACCAGAUUGGCAAGACGGCACUUCAGGAUUAUCGCCCCACGGGAGAAACUCCUCAGAAAGCACAGUAUCUGUUCCCGACAAAUUUGCCUCGUACCGAGGCGCACGAUGUCAUCAUUUCGAAGCUUGAUGAAGACCUUUCUGGCCUAACUGAGACUGAAGAUGACGACGACAACAACACUAUUGUCUUUGCCGAUCUAGAUGCCUCUUUAAGAAAGACGAGCACACCAGAUCGUCCAUCGACUGAUAGUAUCUCAGAUAGGACUGCAAGCCUGCGAGAAGUCAACCCCAAUCUCAGCGCCAGCGGCAUUUCCUUUGAGCCCAGCUCAAGCAUCAAUUCUCUCGCAUCGGACAAUUCGCUGUUUAAGCGCGGCACCCGUUCCGCGCGAACGAGCCUGGGGAAGCGCAGUGUGCUUGGCGAGGGCCGUGAGAAUUUACCCCUGACGGCUCUAGCGGAGAGUAUGGCUAGGAGAAAGAGCCCGCGGAUAAAUUAA